GAGAAGACAGAGGGAAAAAGGUCGGUCGAAAGAAAAAGGAUCGUCAGUGUCGAUGAGUCCGGGUGGUGGUAAACCGGUCUGAGAAUGGAGGCGAUUGGCCGGAUCCUGGCGUACGUACUAUUGGCAGCUGCAUUUACGAAAAAUGUGCUUGCAACGAGUGCCGCGAACGUCAAAUUUUCGAGGGACAGCUACAAAGUCGCACGAUGCAAUGCUACGAAACUGGAGUUAGCCCCGGAGACAGCGUCGCAGGAUUCCGACGUCGGAGGUCUUCGUAUCCCGGUUAACGCGCUCAGAAGCGAACUAGAUCAAGAAAUUGGACUUGAAAAGCCUCGCACUUUUGGACACAAAAGAAUUCAGUUCAUGCUAAUGCCGAUGAUGUACAAAAUGGGAGUGAUGACGACAAUGCUGAUGAUAAUAACAGCAAUCACAGCGAAGGGACUUCUUGUAGGUAUUAUAUUGCUGGUAUUUAAGUUGAGCACUUUUCUGGCGAAACUCCAUUCCGGCUGGCACACAACGCAACCAUGGUCAUCACCGCAACCAGUUCACGUGCACCUUCACAGCGCUUUUCCUCAUCAUAUGCAUCCGCAUAUGUACCAAAGUUGGGAGCCGGCAAGUGGUCCCGCGUAUGAAGACCAGUAUUACUAUAAGGGUUAAAACUCAUAUAAAUUGCACAUAUUCCGAUCGGAUUUUUAUUGAAAAGCCAUGAACGAAAAAAGGGUGAUAACAAAAUGUAAUAGUCUUGGAUAGAGGCCAGAUUACUUGUAUGAUUUUUUAUAUAAUCUCUGUCUUCUCGUGUCCAUUAAUUUUUAGAUAAUUAUUA